UAAGCGAUGGGUGAUUGGUCCAUUCUUGGUCGCUUCCUGUCUGAGGUCCAGAACCACUCCACAGUGAUCGGGAAGAUCUGGCUCACCAUGCUGCUUAUCUUCCGUAUCCUACUGGUGGCACUGGUGGGUGAUGCCGUGUACAGCGACGAGCAGUCCAAGUUUACUUGUAACACCCAGCAGCCUGGCUGUAACAAUGUGUGCUAUGACACCUUCGCACCAGUGUCUCACCUGAGGUUCUGGGUGUUCCAGAUUGUGCUGGUGUCCACACCGUCCAUCUUCUACAUAGUCUUUGUCCUCCAUAAGAUUGCCAAAGAUGAGAAGCUGGGUGGGCAAAGACCUCAGGUGUUAUCUAAGAGAUCGUCCAGAAAAAGGCGAGGGGGGCACACAGAGAAGGAGGGGGCAGAGUCUCUGAGGGUGGGUGUGCCUACUUACUGCCCUCAGUACAAGGAGGAGUGGGAAGCCCAUCGCAGAGAUGGGGAGGAGGAGAGUUACUUGGGGGAGGAUUUUGGUGAGGUGGGGGAGGACCCAACUCGACAGUCCAAUCAGAUCCUGCUCAUCUACAUCCUGCAUGUGCUGCUGCGCUCCAUCAUGGAGAUCACCUUCCUGAUUGGUCAGUACUUCCUGUUUGGGUUUGAGGUGCCUCACCUGUAUAGGUGUGAGACGUACCCCUGCCCCACACGGACAGACUGUUUUGUGUCCAGGGCCACAGAGAAGACCAUCUUCCUAAACUUUAUGUUCAGCAUCAGCCUGGGCUGCUUCGUGCUUAACAUGGCCGAGUUGCACUACCUGGGCUGGGUCUACAUCUUCAGGAUCCUGUGCUCAGCCUGCUCCACCUGCUGCAGUCAGGACAGAGACACCAUCCACCUGUACGCACACCACAACCCCCUCCUUCUGCAGCUACGACAUUCCCUGAAGGGACAGCUUGUCCUGCAGACUCCUGCCGCCAUGGUCCCCGAGAAGACCGGCGGCCUUCUUGCACAUGGCCCCGCCAUCUCUUUUGAGACCGACUCGACCGUUGAAUGCACGUCCAAGAGGAGUCCGGAGAACAGAGACAAGGUCAAGGUGAAGCUGGCCAACAUGGCCCGCAUGGGGCGGACCAAGAAAUCCUGGCUUUGA